GACAAUUCCUGCAGGAAAUGUAACCAGAAAUACCUUUUGUUACUAUAAGUCAUUCAGAACAACUGCAUCUUUCAACUGUGGCUAUAUGUAUGGAUCUUGACCAUAGUUCUUGUAGAAGAAAUCGACGACUCGGAAGCCCUCGUCUCAGUCGUAUUUUUAAACCGAUAUGGCAAUAAAUCCAAUUGUUUGUUUCCUCGUGCCUGGGUAUGACAAAAUGGAAUAUAAACCGCGAAACUGAAACAAAUUUCUGAAACAUUUACAACAAAACUUUAUGUUAACAUAGCCAAAUAUUUCCUGACCUACACUAAUUUUUGUCGUAUCUGCUUGGUAUUAUCUCUUAUUUAAUGUGCACUUUGAACAGCAUUUUUUCCUAAACCAAACGAAUUCCGAUAACGCAGUCAUGUAUUUUAGGUUUCUUCUUGCGGAAGAGGAGUAAAGUUGCACUACGGAUAUAGAUUGUCGAAAAAAUGCUAAACAUAACUCCGGAAUUUCUAUUAAAUUUAAUUGAAAAAUGGAAUAUAAAUUUAUUAAAUCUUCUAUUUUUUGUCUUGUGUUUUCUUAUGGUGAUAUUUGGCGUUUUAAUGAGUGUUAUGGAACAAAAAUUACCGGUCGGUAUUCGGCAAUUAUUACGCUACGGCAAACAUGCCUACAAUGAACGGCAAAAAUGUUUACUGAUAACAAAAUUAGAAGUGCCGAAAUCGUGGUUCUCACAUUUUUAUACUUUUGCUUUGAUUUUUUCCUGGUCCUGUUUAUGGUUUGUGUUUCAAUCAUCUGUAUUGGGCAAGGAAACACCAACAUUAGUUGUGUUAUUCCUAGAUUUUAUUGGAGGCGGACGAAGGCGUAAAGUUUUAAUAGAUUCCACAUCAUGUCUCAUUGUUAUGAGUCUCAUGUGUCUGCAGUGUACACGACGUUUUUAUGAAACAAAUUUUGUACAAAUAUUUUCGAAGAAUAACAAAAUCAGCAUUGGCCACUAUGCCGUUGGUUAUGUGCAUUAUUUUGGCACAAUUCUUACGAUUUUAGCAAAUUCCGAAGGAUUUGUAGGAGGUUCACAUCCAUCGGGACUCAAUUUUUCUCAGCUCUCUGGAAUCCACUAUGUGACAAUUGCUUUAUUCCUCUUCUCUUGGUGGCACCAAUAUCAAAGCAAUUUGAUAUUAGUGAAUUUACGCACUGAUCGCAAAACAGGAAAAGUGAUCACCGAAAAACAUUUGCUACCAUCGGGAGGAUUCUUUGACUGGAUAUCUUCACCUCAUAUGCUAUUUGAAGUUGUCUUGUAUGUGGCUCUUCUGGUGGGCUUCAUGGAAAAGAGCCUCACAUGGUGGCUAGUUGUCAUAUGGGUUACUAGUAAUCAGAUAUACAAUGCAAUGUGCACUCACACGUGGUACAAACAAACAUUUAAAAAUUACCCAAGAAAACGGAAGGCUAUAAUACCAUUUACAAUAUAAUAGCUAUAUUCAGUAAAUACAAACAUAUAUGGUUAAAUAACAUAUAUUUAUUUUGUGAGAACUAAAAAGAGGGCCUAUAAUGGAUGAACUGUUAUGUUCAUUUCGUUAAAACUCGAAGUUUGCUGUUUUAUCAUCAAAUAUUUAAUUAAUACAAACGGUUACAACGUAUGUACUAGCAUUUAUUCCCAUUAAAUUAACUUAUCAAUACAAUUUUCCUUAAUUUUAUACAAAUGCGGGUUUCCAUUACAAAUUAACUCACAUUUUCGUUAAUAAAAGUGUGAAAAUAGACUGUU